UUGCAGCUGAGAAUGUUAGGCAGGAGGUGUGUGUGCAGGCGCAGGGGCGGAGAUCUUGACUUCACUCGAAACCAGAAAUUGGGUUUAUGUGAACGAUGUGUCACCCGCUCCCUCCUCCCUUUUCUUUCUGAAGAUUAUUUUAAAUCAUUCUCCUUUCAGGCCCCCCACCCCGGUAGAUGGGGACGGGGUGACAUCCCACGGGUACUGGCUCUUCCCUGGGGGGGGUCCUGUCGCGCUGGAGGAGGGGCGCAGGGACCCCACGUCAGACCAGUCGCUUUGUUUUCGAGGCUGGGGGCGAGCUUUGCGGGCAGGUAGGAAUGGAACUGAACCCCUCAGUCUCAUAGGACAAUUCAUACUGUGCUGGUCUGGGCUUUGGCCGGAGGCUUGGGCAUUUCACUUUCGCAGAGGCCGAAACCCAGCUCCAGGUGUGGGCGCCCUCGGCGGGAGGGGUCCGAACCUCCGUGCGGCUCUAGGUGCCGACUGGAUGGGGUAGGUGGCUAGGUGGGGGAUGAACUUGCACCUCUAGAGGGAUCCUGUGGGGGCAAGUGUGAAUGCAUGUGUAAGCAAGGCAAAAAAGAUAAGAGAAAGAGGAGAAUAAAGUCAAAGCUGUUUCCACAACUUUGGCCGUGGUGGGCAAGCGCCGGAGCGGGGAUUUCGGGUUUCGAAGCUGGCUUGGGGCAGUCUGAUUGUGCCGGGGCUCUGUAGGGACACGCAGGAGGCGAGGUGCCGCUUGUUCUGACAACCUGGCGGGUAGACUGGCAAAGGCAGCACGCCGGGAGAGCUAGUCGUGUCAUCUGGGGGGGCGUCAGGCGGGAGUGGCCCAGCCAGUCGGACGGGUUUUUGCCGGGAGCCGCGAGCCCGUGCCAGCGGCGCCCGGGCUGGGCCGCCUAGCGUCUGUGCGCGCCCCGGCCCGCAUCCCGGCCCCCGAUCCGGAAUCCCCGGCCCCAGAGAGCCGAGGGCAGAGCGACGGUGGCCGGGGAGCGCACGGUGCCCCUGUCCGAGGAAAGCUCAAGAGGAGGCCGAGGAGAGGGCCAGUGCAGCGAGCGGGCCGGUCCCGGGCAGGGCGCCGCGUCAUGGAGGAGCCGCGCAGCAGCGGGCAGCCGAGUCCCGAGUCCCAGACUCGGCUACGAAGCGGCGGAGCCCGCGGCCAGACAGGGCCGGGAAGCGCCUGCCGCGCCGAGAGCCCCACGAGCGCCCGGACGCGGUCCCCAGCAGCUCCUGCCCGCUACGCACGACCCCCGCUGCAUCCCGAGGACCGUCACGACGGCACCAGCAACGGGACGGCACGGUUGCCCCAGCUGGGCACUGUAGGUCAAUCUCCCUACACGAGCGCCCCGCCGCUGUCCCACACCCCCAAUGCCGACUUCCAGCCCCCAUACUUCCCCCCACCCUACCAGCCUAUCUACCCCCAGUCGCAAGAUCCUUACUCCCACGUCAACGACCCCUACAGCCUGAACCCCCUGCACGCCCAGCCGCAGCCGCAGCACCCAGGCUGGCCCGGCCAGAGGCAGAGCCAGGAGUCUGGGCUUCUGCACACGCACCGGGGGCUGCCUCACCAGCUGUCGGGCCUGGAUCCUCGCAGGGACUACAGGCGGCACGAGGACCUCCUGCACGGCCCACACGCGCUCAGCUCAGGACUCGGAGACCUCUCGAUCCACUCCUUACCUCACGCCAUCGAGGAGGUCCCGCAUGUAGAAGACCCGGGUAUUAACAUCCCAGAUCAAACUGUAAUUAAGAAAGGCCCCGUGUCCCUGUCCAAGUCCAACAGCAAUGCCGUCUCCGCCAUCCCUAUUAACAAGGACAACCUCUUCGGCGGCGUGGUGAACCCCAACGAAGUCUUCUGUUCAGUUCCGGGUCGCCUCUCGCUCCUCAGCUCCACCUCGAAGUACAAGGUCACGGUGGCGGAAGUGCAGCGGCGGCUCUCACCACCCGAGUGUCUCAACGCGUCGCUGCUGGGCGGAGUGCUCCGGAGGGCGAAGUCUAAAAAUGGAGGAAGAUCUUUAAGAGAAAAACUGGACAAAAUAGGAUUAAAUCUGCCUGCAGGGAGACGUAAAGCUGCCAACGUUACCCUGCUCACAUCACUAGUAGAGGGAGAAGCUGUCCACCUAGCCAGGGACUUUGGGUACGUGUGCGAAACCGAAUUUCCUGCCAAAGCAGUAGCUGAAUUUCUCAACCGACAACAUUCCGAUCCCAAUGAGCAAGUGACAAGAAAAAACAUGCUCCUGGCUACAAAACAGAUAUGCAAAGAGUUCACCGACCUGCUGGCUCAGGACCGAUCUCCCCUGGGGAACUCACGGCCCAACCCCAUCCUGGAGCCCGGCAUCCAGAGCUGCUUGACCCACUUCAACCUCAUCUCCCACGGCUUCGGCAGCCCCGCGGUGUGUGCCGCGGUCACGGCCCUGCAGAACUAUCUCACCGAGGCCCUCAAGGCCAUGGACAAAAUGUACCUCAGCAACAACCCCAACAGCCACACGGACAACAACGCCAAAAGCAGUGACAAAGAGGAGAAGCACAGAAAGUGAGGCUGUCCUCCCGCCCUGCCCCUCCCACGCCUCACCAGCCCCCGCGCGCCCACCCUCCGGCGGGUGACAGCUCCGGGAUCAGCAACCCUUCCUGCUGCUGCUACUGCUGCUGCUGCUGCCGCCGCCGCCGCCGCCGCUGCCCUUGGGUCCCCCCGAGUCUCCGGGACUGCCCUCUCGACUGUCAGUGGGGCAGCCUCUCCGACUCUGCACCCGCCUCGACCUCCCCACCCGCUCCCACACCCCUGUGCCCUCAUGUGGAGCCUAAGAGAACAGAACAGGCCGUGAAGCCAGCAGAGAAAAGUUCUGCCAAGUUUGUGAACCCUUUUUUUUUUUAAACAAAACAACAAGUCAACAACAGCAACAACAACAACAAAAAUUAACUUUUUUCUAAAAAAAAAGUAAAAAUAAAAAAAAUUAUAUGCGCUUCAUGGGACUGAGUCACCACCUUCCCUUACAUACUUCAGUUCAGAUUGUAGCCAUACUUAAAAAAAAAAAAAAAGCCAAAAGGAUGAUGACAACAUUUUUAUCAGUAUUGUGAAUAAACUUGAACACAAAUACACGAAGUUCCAUGUCAUGUCUUCAGUUGUAGAAGUUUUUCCUCUUUAAGGUAAAGCGACCAACUUGAACUUUCUCUGGCAACACGAUUCGCAGUUAUAUAAGGGAAUCAGUGUUCACGUCUCUGUAUAUAUUUAUUUAUGUGUAAUUUAAUGGGAAUUGUAAAUAUGGUGAGUCUGUUUUAAGCCUUUUUUUUUUUAUUUAUCUGAUCUUGUUUACCUCUUGUUUAGUGGGUUUUGAAUCUUCCCUAUUAGUUCUUCAUGUGGUUCAUGGUACUGAUUUAGAAAUCCAGUGUUUGGGGGAUUUUUUUCUCUGGGAUUCAUGAAUUUAGCCCUGUUGUAGCAUGUUAAAGGUGACAAUGAAACAGCUGGACAAAUUUUUAAAAAGUAAAAUAAAAUUUUAUCUAUAAUUAGUAUUAUUACAUUUAGCUUUUCAUUGAACUGAAAGAAAAAAAGUGAUAUUGGACCCUGGAAAGAUUUUGAAACUUCAGUGGUUUGAUAACCCUUCUAUGUAUUGUAGGGAGAAAAAAAAAAGUUUAUUUUAUUCCACUGUCCUCCCUUAAAAGCAUCAUUUGAGCAAUAAAUGAAUAUUGUCUUUAAACCAAGGGUUAGGGAAUUUUCCUCUCUCUCUCUCUCCUCUCUCUUUUUGUUCAAAGAACUUCAAACAUUUGGGACCACCUGGUAUUCUGUAUUUUCACUGGCCAUAUUGGAAGCAGUUCUAGUUGCAUUGUAUUGAGUUGUGCUGGCAGUAGUUUCCAUGCCUGUCAAUGUAUCAUAGUCCUUUGUUGCCCAGAUAAAUAAAUAUUUGAUACGCUUUA